UGAAAGAGAAAGAGAGCAUCACGCGCCUACUCAGAGUUGAUAUAAAGACCACUGAUAGUGGCCAGAGUUAUCAUAGUCUAGUACUGAUUGUCGAAGGUGACCGACCCAGUCCAAUUUCUGUGAACAGACCAACAAUUGUGGCAAUUAAUCUUGCAGCUUUAGGGAAAUACCGGCAAUAUGUGCGAACGCGGAUCCGAGUGCUACAAAAAGUAUCAAGAGUGGGAGAACAAUGAGGAGAUCAAAAUUUUUCGUGAAUAUCUGCGUAUUCCGACGGUGCAUCCCGAUGUGAACUACGAUGAUUGUGUGGAGUUCCUGCGGCGUCAGGCAGAGGCCCUGGAGCUCCCGGUAGAGGUGAUCGAGGUGAACCCGCGGAAGCCGAUCGUGAUCAUUACCUGGGAGGGCACGGAUCCCACCGAAAAGUCCAUCAUCCUAAACUCUCACAUGGACGUAGUGCCGGUGUACCCGGAACUGUGGAGCCAUCCGCCGUUCGCGGCCGACAUGGACUACGAGGGAAAGAUCUUCGCCCGCGGAUCCCAGGACAUGAAGUGCGUGGGAAUGCAAUUUCUGGGCGCGAUCAGGGCAUUGAAGCGGGAUGGAAUCAAACUGAAGAGAACGAUCCACGCCACUUUUGUACCCGACGAGGAAAUUGGCGGCAAACUGGGGAUGAAGGAGUUUGUUCAUAAGGAGGGCUUUCGCAAGUUGAACUGCGGGUUCGCGAUUGACGAGGGAAUCGCUGGUCCUGGCGAGGAGUAUCCGCUAUUCUAUGGCGAACGAAGCGUGUGGCAUGUUAUGUUCCACAUUUCCGGUACGCCUGGACACGGAUCGUUACUGCUGAAGAACACGGCCGGCCAGAAGGCACGCUACAUUAUCGAUAAGCUGAUGGAUAUGCGCGAACAGGAAGUUAUGAAGCUGGAGAACAACCCGGAAUUCACGAUCGGAGACGUCACGACCGUCAACGUUACUAUGAUGACGGGCGGCGUCCAAAGCAACGUGGUUCCACCGGAAUUGAUGGUGUGCUUCGACAUCCGUCUGGCCGUCGACGUGAAGCAUUUGGAGUUCGAGAACCAGCUGCUGGACUGGUGCCGCGAAGCUGGCGGCGGCAUUGAGCUCGAGUACGACCAAAAGUGUCCCUUCGUCAAGCCCACCACCCUGGAUGGAUCGAACCGGUACUGGGUGGCUUUUAAGGAUGCUCUGGAUGAGCUGGGCCUGAAGGUAAAACCUCAGAUCUUCCCCGGGGGUACCGAUAGCCGGUAUAUCCGUGGCAUCGGAAUUCCGGCGAUCGGCUUUUCGCCGAUGAAUAACACCCCUGUGCUGCUGCACGAUCACGAUGAGUUCCUUCAGGCCGAUACCUAUCUCAAGGGAAUUGAGAUCUACAAGAAAAUCAUUGCCAACGUUGCGAACGCCUAGGACUGGUGACAUAAAUGAAUUUGUACGGAUUACCUAAUCAUAA